AUGGGGGCCACGAACGAUAUGGAAAGUCCCGAGUCCUUUGAGUUGGCCGUCGAAGAGGCGAAACCAUUCCUCCUGGAGAAAGAUGAAGAAGAAUCUCAAUUCCCGGAGCCGCCGAUUCUUCCUGAGCCGAAAGCGAUGUCGAAGGGAGGUUUUCUGGGCAUGAGUCCGAAGUUGUGUCUGGCUAUCCUGGUGAAUUGUCUGGCUACGGCGGGGAUUGUAAGAUCGAUCCAUCACCAUCAUCACACCAACACCACCACUCCUACACGAUCCGUACUGACUAGAAUUGGAUUCUCAGGUCUUCGUCAACAAACAAAUCUUCUCCAACCCACCGCUACGAAACUGCCAAGUGGCCUUCGCCGCCUUCCACUUCACCAUCACCGCCACGCUCCUCUACAUCGUCUCCCGCCCGCGCAUCGCCCUCUUCCAAGCCAAACGCAUCGACCCCCUCGACGUCCUGCCCCUCGCCCUCAGCAUGAUCUUCAACGUCGUCCUCCCCAACGCCUCCCUCGCCUUCUCCAGCAUCCAAUUCUACCAAGUCGUCCGCGUCCUCGUAACCCCCAUGACCGCCCUGCUCAACUGGUACCUCUACCACAUCACCUUCCCCCUCCAGGCAGCCUACACCCUCCUGCCCGUCUGCGUGGGCGUCGCGGUCCUGAGUUGGUACGACACGAAAGGCAGAGGCCGAGGCGAAGGGCACGCUGAUGAUGCGUAUACCCGCGGCACGUCGCCCGUCGGGGUGGCUUUUGCGCUUGCCGGGUGUGUCGCGAGCGCGCUGUAUGGGGUCUGGAUUAAGGAAUUCCAUCUGCGUCUGAGGUGCGAUAGCUCGCAGUUGUUGCUGGCGCAGAGCCCCGUGGCUGUCGGGGUGAUGCUGUAUGUCAUUCCGUUUUCGGAUGAUCUGACGGCUUUUCCGGCUACGGGGUUGGGGGCUUGGGGGUUGAUUUUCUUGGUGAGUUGAUCCCUCUCUCUCUCUCUCUCUCUCUCUCUCUCUCUCUUCAACCAUGUGGAUUUUUUUUUUUUUUGUGUUUGGAAGUGAAUACUAAUCUCAACCGCAACAACCAGAGCGGUCUCCUAGCCUGCCUGCUCAACAUCUCCCACUUCAUGAUCGUCAACGAGAUCGGCGCGCUGAGCAGCACGAUCGUGGGGCAUUUCAAGACGUGCUCCAUCGUCGCCAUGGGCUGGAUGGUGAGUGGGAAACCGCUGCGGGAUGGCAGUCUGGUGGGCAUCUUUUUGGCGAUUGGAGGGAUUAUGCUGUGA